CUGUGUAUCUAUAUAAAAGUUCUUCAAUGAUUUGUAACGUAUCUGUUAUAAUGAUUCACAAUGGUAUUUCGUUGAUAUGACUAUUCUAUAGACACGUUGUAAAUUAUUGAUGAACUACUCUGUUUUCAAUCAGAAAAACAACGGAGUAACAAAUUUUGUCACGCAUAUACACAGGCUCAAGCUUUGUGAUAUUCGUUCAUUUUGACAUUUACGGUUUUUUACGUCUUGUUUUCUUAUAUCUCAUCCUCUUUGUUUUGCUCUCUUCGGAUCUUGCUUCGGAUAUUAAUCUUAAAUCCGUCGAGAUUUCAAUUUUUGAUAAUUUGUUUGUGUCCGAGAGAAAAAUGAAAGAUCACAUCUGUAAUGUCAAAAGGGUAUUAACGAAAUAAGCUUAUUAUGAAUACGGAUUCAAAAUUCCAUUUGGCGAAGUUCCGGUUUAUCCGGUAUAUUACUAGAAAGAGUGGCAAAAAAGAUGGAGAACAACGAAGAAGAUGUUUGUCAUUUUAAAGAGAUAUAUAAAAGAAAACCUUGCUUUACAAAAUCGAUCGCUCAUUAUUAUGCUUAUCCGAAUUAUGCUUCUGGCGAUCCUUAUUCACGAUGCGAACAUUCAAUGAAACACGACGUCAAUCAGAUGGUUUCCUGUGGACGUAAAAAGAAAUCUAAAACGCAUCGUUGUCCUUCCUGUCAUUGCCAGCUUAACUUUAAAAGGACGUCAUCCAAAACGAGGGAUAUUGAUAACAUCGAGGCAGUUUUUAAGAAAACCGAGCAUAUAUUUGACAGUGGAUUGACAAAUAGUGGUGUAAAGAAAUCGUAUAGCAUUCCUCUUUCACCGAAAUCAGAUCCCCGUUGUCAUCGUACUCAUUAUUCGAAGAAAACAUCAAACAAUUGUCAUCGACAAAAGCAGCAUAGGAAUGAGGAAGAGGAUGAACAAUUCACGACGAUAAUUGAUGAUAUCAUUAAUAAAGGUGUCGAGAAUGAAUGUUAUAACAAAUAUCCGAAUCUUCCGCCAAUGAACACGUCGACGAAUAAGGAUUGUCAUUGGAAGAACGAUCAGUUAUUACAAGGUAUACAAGAUUAUUCUGAGCCGGAGAGCGAUUUUUUGGAUAAAUGUUGCGAGAGAUAUCAUCGAUCAAAGAGAUGCGAUAAUUCCAUGGGAGAAUUUGAAUCGAAUUUGAAGAAAAAAGAAAGCGACUGGGACGAAUACAGGCAAUAUUUGAAACAACAAUAUCAUGAGCUCGAUCAAUUGAAGUACGUUUCUCAUUUGUGUGGGAAAUUGAAAAAUGUCGAUAAUCAGCAAUGCAAGGAAGAUGAUUCGUCCAACAUUGAACAAUCAGAGAGAAAGAAAAAACCGAACUUUCUUGAGGAUGAAACGAAAAGGAAAAAGAAAGAACAUCAUUUCAAUAGCGAAUUACAAGGUAUUGGUGCGAAGUCUUCCAAGGGGCUUCCAGCUUCGACGAAUAAUAAUAAGAAUGUAUCAGAGCAGAGAAACGACAAAACUGUUCAACAAGUAGAAGCUAGUACCAGCUAUCAUUGCAUAGAUGGAGAAACGGAUGGUGACGUCGAUGAUUUUUUGGAGGAUGAAAAAUUAUGUAGAGAAUUGAAGAAUAUUUCUUACUUGAGACCCUGCCGUAGAUCAACCACUGUCAAAAACAGAAAAGUUAUGAAGUCGUUCGAGAGAACGACUUGCGACGGGAAAGAAAUUAAUGAGAAAAAUGAGAAUUCUGAUGUUGUUGAGAAAAGUGAUCAGUUUGACGAGGAUCUUGAUCUUCAUGCCAGCAAGAGUCAUAUUUUGAAUUUGAUCGAUAAAGCUUUGAGCAAAGAGUUUGGUCCUUUGGAUGCGAAAAAGAGAGAUCCGGUUAAGGAAGAAAUAACACGUCAAGAGCUAUGCAUUGAGAUAAGCCGUGCACUUCAAAGCGAUAAUUGCGAUUCGUUGGCGCAGACGUUGUUGAGCAAUCGUGGUACUCCUGAUUACGUAAGGCACCUGAAAAUCUUACGCUGGGAAUAUCUAAAUCAUAUUCAGGACAAGUUGAGGAAGUUAUAUGAUCUCGAGAAGAUUCUCGACGAUUGUUCAUCGAGGAAUUCUUUAUUAACCUUGCAAUCGCAUACGAAUAGCACUGAUCAAUAUAAAAAUUCUCGAGCGCAAGUCUCUCAUCAGCAAGAGCAGAGAGAAUUCAAAACAAAUUGAUCCUGUCUAAAAGAGAAAGCGAUAAAGAAAUAAUAAAAAAAUAA